GUGACUAGUCCUUUGUUGCCGGAAGUGGUGUCGGUGUCUAUUUACAGCACGCAAGGAUGGCAAUGAGACCGGGAGCUGGGGGCACAGGCAGUGGCAGCUUUGUGUUUCCCUUGGCUUCUGGAAUUGGAUCAUCUCAAGGUUUGAUGCCUGUUCAACAGCAAGCUGCUCCAUUUCCUAUGGUACCUGUAAUGCAACCAAAUGUGCAAAAUAUCAUGGCCAUUGGAUACAGCCCUCAGAUUCCCCAAAGAGCCAUGGCUAUGCAGGGUCGAUUACCAUUGGGUCCAAUGCAGCCUACUGCAAUGACAUUUGUAGGACAGGCUGGAUUUUUAGGAAUGGGUCCUCCAGGUCCAGCUUACACUCCAGACAUGCAGAAGCAAUUUGUAGAAGAACAACAAAAAAGAUUUGAACACCAGCAAAAAAUGUUAGAAGAAGAAAGAAAACGACGACAGUUUGAAGAACAAAAGCAAAAGUUGAGAUUGCUAAGCAGUGUAAAACCCAAAACCACCGAAAAAUGCAGAGAUGAUGCAAUGGAAGCCAUUAAGGGAAAUUUGGAUGGAUUUUCCAGAGAUGCAAAAAUGCACCCGCCAUCUGUAUUGCAUUCCUUAAAACCAGUGAAUGUUGCUGUGUUUCCAAAACCAGAUGCCAUUGAGGCAAUGUUGCCUUCUUGGAUUUACAAUGACAGUCUUGUACCAGAUCUUUACAAGAAUAUUUUAGAAUCAACACUUUCUACAUCAGGGAUCGAUACAGUCAAGUUGUAUCCAAUUCUCCUGUCAUCUGGGCUUCCUCGGGAAACUUUAGGGCAGAUUUGGGCAAUGGCAAAUAAGACAACUCCUGGAAAACUAACAAAAGAAGAACUGUAUAUUGUCCUUGCUAUGAUUGGAAUUGCACAGCAGAGGGGAGACUGUGCCUUGAACGUGGAUAUGCUGAAUCAGUUUACACGUGCACCUAUACCAAAUUUAAGUAGCUUUCCACCAACUUUUCCAAGCACCAUGAAUCCACUGCACGUAGCACCAUCAAGGCCUUCUGUGGCUAAACCUGUUGAAAUUAGCCAGCCAACACUGAAAAGUACAUCAAGUGCUUUGGGCGAUAUUGCAAAGCAGGCUUUCAUGCCAUCCUCGUUCGCUCAACCGCUAUUUAAAGCAGAUGAUGAUGAUUUCCAAGAUUUUCAAGAUGCUUCUAAAUCUGGAUCGAUAGACGAUUCUUUCUCUGAUUUCCAGAGUAAUAAUGUGAAAUCCACCUCUUCUUUUAGCAGUGCACCCACUCCACUAAUUGCAGUGUCUGGAACUACAUCAAGCACCCCUGCUGUGACUGAUAAAUAUGCAGUAUUCAAAACCCUCAACGUGCAAAGCAAUACAGAAACUACCAGUAACUUUACAGGAGAUGGUUUUACAGACUUCAAGUCUGGUGUCGAUGAUGGUUUCACAGAUUUUAAGACUGCAGAUAGCAUCUCACCGCUAGAUACUCCAUUAAAAGAAACCCAAUCAUCACUUACAUUUGCCACUCAGCAGAAAUCGCCAACUCAAGUAAAACCAUCCUCUGAUCUUGAUUCAUUCGCCUCUUUGGUAAUAAGUAAAAGCUUUCCCAAGACAUUUCAUUUAUCCAAACCUGUACCAUUGCCUGUCCCCCCACUUUCAUUAUCAUCUCCAUCACCAUUGUUACCAUCAUCAUUUGUCACUGCACCUAAAAGUUCCUCUCUACUUGAUGACUUUGGAGACUUUACGCUCUUUGGGCCAUCCAGCAACACUACUGCUGGUGGUGAGAAUGACUUUGCUGAUUUUCUGACAAGUAAUACCAGUUCUGUUGAGCAAAACCGUGAUGACAAAUAUGAUGUCUUUAAGUUUGAAGCCAGCAUGGCUGACCCAGUAAUAUCUGCUGCUGUUCCCCAAAACCUUCAACCCACGUCAUCAGGUUCAUUUAAUAAAUACGAAUUAUUUGAUAAACUUUCCCUGGAAAGUACUUCAAACGACAUUUGAUGAGUCAAAGGAUUCAGCUAUGUUACAAAAAAUAAUGACUUUACUUUCCAGUAUGACAAGUUCACCACUUGCGACCACCCUGAAAAGUCCUUUGUGGAUAAGUUUGUGGCUCUUAAACAAGCCAAAGAGGACUCUGUGUCUAUUAAGUCACUGGAUCUUCCUUCUAUUGGUGGCAGCAGCUUUGGAAAAGAUGAUUCUGAAGAUGCACUUUCCAUCCAGUUUGACAUGAAGCUAUCAGAUAUGGGCGGGGAAUUGAAGCAUGUUAUGUCUGAUAGUUCUCUGGAUUUGCCAACGGUUAGUGGUCAGCAUCCACCCGCGGCAGAUGAUUUUAAAGACUCAAGUGACAACAAUUGCUCCCUACUAAGCAGUUUGACAAUUUCUGACUGGUCAGAGGACAACGUACACGCAACCAAAAAACAGCCUGACUUUUUUUUCAGCCCUGAUCACAGUGCAGGCUCUUCCACAUCUUUGUUUGCAAAAAAGGAAACCUCCUUUGGAAGUAGUGAAAAUCUCACUAUGACAACCAUAUCAAAGGUAACUACUUUUUCUGGUGACAUCCAAGCUUCAGAAGAUGGUGCAAGCUCGAAGGGGUGUACUGCAAAGGUAAACAAUGACAUUUUGAGUGGUCUCAGUAUUUCUUCAGUUGCACUGGCACCUAGUACCGACACCAUUACCACCUCAGGCCCUACUGUUGCUUUAGAGCUCCGAAAUAAUGAUGAUUUUGGGGAAUUCCAAAGUGAAAAACCCAAAAUAAGUAAAUUUGACUUUCUCUUGGCCACAUCUCAAGGAAAAGUGAAAUCAAGUGAAGAAAUGAUUAAGACAGAGCUUGAAACAUUGGAUCUUUGUGCUCAAGGAUCUCAUAAGAGGAGCCAUAGUCUUGGAGACAAAGAAAUAAAUCGAAUUCCACCUGUCGUGGAGCAACCUUUCAGAGACCGCUCUCAUACUGUUACUGAGAAACCUACUUUACCUGUAAUCCGAGACAAGUACAAAGAUCUUACAGGAGAAGUGGAGGAGAGUGAAAGAUAUGCUUAUGAAUGGCAACGUUGCUUAGAAAGUGCCUUACAAGUCGUUAAGAAAGCCAAUGAUGCUCUCAAUGGAAUAAGCAGUUCCUCUGUUUGUACUGAAGUUAUCCAAUCUGCUCAUGGAAUGGAAUAUCUGUUAGGUGUGAUUGAGGUGUACAGGGUAACCAAGCGAGUCGAAUUGGGUAUAAAAUCUACUGCAGUGUGCAGUGAAAAACUGCAGUUCUUGUUAAAAGAUAUUGACAAGCUCUGGAACAACCUGAUUGGAUUCAUGUCUCUAGCCUCCCUCAUGCCAGAUGAAAGUGCAUUGGAUUUUGCCUCUUGUUUGCUACGACCAGGAAUAAAAAAUGCUCAAGAAUUAGCAUGCGGUGUAUGUUUGCUAAAUGUUGACUCUCGAAGCAAGGCAUUUAAUUCCGAAACCGAUCAUUUUAAACUUUCAUAUGGAGGCCACCAGUAUCAUGCAAGUUGUGCAAAUUUCUGGAUUAACUGUGUUGAACCUAAACCUCCUGGUCUUUUAUUGCCAGAUUUAUUGUAAUUUAUAGUGACUGUUUUAAGGCUACCUUGCAGUUAUGACUUCAGACCAUCUUGUGAGAUCUCUAGAAAGUAAGCAAUUCUACAUUUAUCUACAGAAAAUGAAUUAAAAAUUCUGCAACAUAAAGAGGCCUCAUAAUCCUCACUGCAAGUUUCAUCACAAUACAUUCCUUUUAUUUCUGAAUUAUACUUGCGUUGUAAAUGUCAUUUUAUUUAUUUAAAACCAUGCACUACUAUUUGACUACUGCCCUGUAGUAAAGUUGUGUUACAUGAAGUAAACUUGGAGAAAUUUGGA